AUGGAUUUAGAAAACACAUUCUACUUUCAUCUGAUAUUCCUGGUGGUCAUGGUGGGGAUGAGCCAAGAGAGAAGUCUACCACUAGAUCACCGUAAACAGUUUUACCCUGUUCAUCUUUCUUGGGAAACGCAAGGAUGGUAUUCUACGGAAGAUUACCCAUACUCGAUACAGUCAGAAGAACCAGCGUGGCCUUCAGAGACACCUUACACGGAUUACCCAGAGUACUCAACAUAUCCUACAGAGACUACAACAAUGAAUCCACCUGAGACGACAACAAUAAUACUAACCACUUCAGAGGCGCCAACUACAACAGCAAUCCCUUCAUCAACUGAGCCACCAAAAUCAACAUCGAUAACCCAUUCGUCAUCUAAGGCACCUACAUCAACUACAACACCUAGUCCUUCAUCAACUAAGCCACCUACAUCAACUACAACACCUAUUUCUUCAUCAACUGAGCCACCCACAACACCUAGUCCCUCAUCAACCGACGCCCCUACAACAACUACAACACCUAGUCCUUCAUCAACUAAGCCACCUACAACACCUAGUUCCUUAUCAACUAAGCCACCUACAACACCUAGUUCCUUAUCAACUGAGCCACAUACAGCAACUACAACACCUAGUCCUUUAUCAACUGAGCCACCUACAUCACCUAGUCCUUCAUCAACUAAGCCACCUACAACACCUAGUUCCUUAUCAACUGAGCCACAUACAACAACUACAACACCUAGUCCCUUGACUACCACCACAGCCCCUAGAACAACGUCAACAACAACCAUAAUACCGCCGCUUUCUAGUACCACAGAUAUUUCAACAGAUGUGUUUACCACAGAAGGACCUACCACUCUAGUUUCAUCGACGGAAGGUGAUUCAACACCAGCUUUUACAACAGAACAACGUUUUAUCUAA